UCGAUCCCACUCUUUUUUUAACUGGACAGUAGCAAUUAGCAAAGCCUUUUCGCCCAAAUAGUCUGACGAUGCGUACCAAAGCAGGUGCUUCAAUGGCAAAAUCAUUCGAUGCCCAGAAGUAUCUGAAGAGAGUCGGAUUAGGGAAAGAAGAUUAUCACUUCUGGAAGCAAGUGGGAAAGGCUUUGCUCUGUACUUACACUCUGUUUGGUGUGGCGUGGGUGUGGAAUGAAACUUCGCCGCUUGGUUGGUGGACCUUAAAGCCACGGCCAAAGGAAGAAAAAGAAUUAGCACAUCUUUACGAACGCCGGAAAUUUCCAUAUCCAGGUGACGACAAGGCCAUGGAAGAAUUCGUUGCCAAAGGUGGGAUGAUUGGGACUACCAUUGGUCCCAAGGGAAUCAUUGAAUCUGAUAAAGAUUCAUACAAUUAUCAGAAAGCAUUGCAGGAUAAGAAAGUUGACCAAGAAGCCUUCAAGCUGUGGACGAGGAUGAGGAAUGAGGUCAUUUCUGAGCUUCAAGAGAAAGGGUUUGAUGUAGAGUGAGUGAAUAUAGUUAAUUACUGUUAAUCGGAUUUUCUUCUCUCAUGCUUAUACCUUAAUUGCGCAUUUGUGCCUUGCAAAUUUACUAUGUAUUAUGUAUUUUGUAGUUGGAUGUUUAAUGUGGGC